AUGGCCGAUACAACAUGCAAAGAGGAUAUUCCUCCAGGCGUCCGAGACUCUUCCCGCCGCCACAUUGAAAAUCCAGUAGCUGGUGAAGUCGCCGAUGUCAUGAAAUACUCCUACGAAACGAACGGCGAAUACACCGAAGCCUUAGCAACAUGCGUCGAAGGCGGAGGUCCACCUAUCCACUACCAUCGCUCCUACGCUGAACACUUCGAAGCGAUAGAAGGUGACCAGACACUCCAAAUCAACUACGAUGAACCUAUGCACCUCAAGCCAGGCGAGAAAUACUCCGUGCCCAAGGGAACUUUGCAUAAGUUCAGCGCAGGGCCAGGUGGAGCCAAGUUCAAAGUGAGAGUCACGCCUGGACAGCCUGGAUUUGAGAAGAGUAUUUAUAUCCUGUUUGGGCUGGCGAGGGACGGAUGGUUGGGGACUGAUUGCUUGCCAAAGAAUCCGGUUCAUACGGCUGUAGUGGGGACCUUGGGGGACAUAUACUUCCCUGGAGCCAUGGGCGCUGUGUUGAAUGGGGUCACGAGUGUUUCUGCCGCUUACGCGCGAUGGAGUGGUGUGCAGGAUCAGCUUUUGCGGAGGUAUUGGGAAUGA